AUGAACCUCACCGAGGCGCAGGCCGAAAAAGUCCUAUCAACGUGGCGCAUCUCCCGCCUCGAGGACAUCCUCGGCCCCGAGCUGUCGCCGCGCUCGUGGAGCAACAACCUGCGCAAACACCUGUGCAUGCUCUGCCGCCUCGUCAACCUCGAGCAAGCCCGCAUCCUGCUCUCGAACGAAGUCACGGCCCGUCUGGCAAAUCGCACCCGCAAUAGGGGCAUUCGUCGCGAUCACUUGAGUGAUGUUGAUGUCAUGCGCGUUCUUGAUAGACAGGAAGCGCAAAUACGAGGGCAUCCCGACGUCUACAGCCAGUACUCGCCCUCGCCGGCGGCGAACCAGGCGAUGAGGCGUCUGGACAGGGUAUCGGAAACCCCCGACUACACCCGCCCGUAUCCACCCGGGCCGAGUCCGGGCCUCUCCGCCGACGCCUCAUCUUACCACCCAAGUACGGCAUCAUCCCCUGUCUCAACCUCCGCCUCAACCUCCAUCACCACCGCCCCGUCUCCCAACCCACGCACAGGGCCUUCAUUACGAUGGUCCUCCACCGCCCUCCAACUCCUGGCGCGCAACGCCGCAGCCGGCAGCCGCAGUGACUACCAUGAGGCCGGCCCGUCAACAUUCGACGAUGGAGAUCGUCGGAUGAGUCUAGGGCCAAGGGACGAAGAUGGUACUCCCGCCCGCUCAUCGCCAGUACACGGCCUACCAUCACAAACGCCGGCAUGGGCCUUGCCCCAACACUCCCGUCAAUCACAAAACUCACAUCAACCGCAACAAUCACGUCAGUCGCAGCAUUCACAUCAACGGGAAUACUCGCGUCAACCGCAAUACUCACAGCAACCGUCAUCAGCUGCCGGUCAACGUCACAGCAGCCCGGCAAGCGAGAUCGUAGUCCAAAUUCCAGAAACGAAAACCGGCACGCCCGCCGCAGCGACCAGCCACCGGGAGACUAACCGUCGAGAUACCAACCUAAUGGCCGCGCCGCCUCCAAGAGCCCGGUCUCCCACGACAGCAAGGACCUCUGGCAACUCGGUGGCACACACGAGAGCAGAGGAAUCGCCACGGUCUAGGCCCACCCGGACCACCGACGAUCCAGAACCGAACACCAGGGCCGUGGCAUCACCACGGCAAAGGCCACUCCCAACAACGUCAGUCAAGACCGACACCUCAGGAAUACGCGCCAUGACCGAACCGCCACAAAGAACGCAGACCACCGCCACCGCCACUACCACCACCACCACCACCACAUCAUCCUCAUCAUCCUGGAACAAUUUCCGCCCCGAAUCCCACAUUCCCGCGUCGGCCCCGCAAAGGCCAUGGCCGGGGACUACAUCAAGAACAAACAACCCGCCAGAACACCGCACCAGGCCCCCGGACCCGCCGCGGAGGAGCGAGAGCAGCACGACCCCCAUGACUGACGACACGGAAGGCAUCACGGUAGUAGAGCGCCACAAGAGGAAACGAGAGAGCAUGAUGGCCGACCUCGAGGGCGACAUCGAGAAGCUGGGCUACAGGGUCGACAUACAGCGGACAACGGUCAAGCUCCGCCAGCACGAGUACGCUCAGGAGCAACGACACCUGGAGGCCGCCCGCGCCAAACUCGAGAGUCUCUCAUCGGGGGACGCUGUCGCCGCCCAGAUGGAGCAGUUUGACGGUUUUCUCGCAGGCCUUGACGAUCUCGUUGCCAGAUACCCCGCCGUCCUUCACGCGCACGACGACCAAAGCGCCAACGACAUGGGUCGAGCCCUGGCAUCGCCGUCUCAGCCACCGGAGGAGACAGACAUGAGUCUUCAACCGGGCAUGCUCUUCGACGCCUUGAGGAGGGCCGUCAGGGUCAAGAUGGGUUCGGCAGCACAUCAAACAGAACGGCUACAGGAUACGAGAAGGGUGGGUGAAAGAGAGCUCAGGGCGGCCCAGGCCGCCGUGGACGAGACGUUGGCAACCCUGGAGCGUGCAAGGGAGGACCUUUCCAAGCUCGAGGAUGACCUCCACUUCUUGUCAAUUGAAAAGGAGCGUUUGAGCGACAGGUUUGGUUCUUAG